UGGCGCAGUCUGGUAUAUAAGGCGGGCACCGCACUCCUCCUUGCAUUCAGUCUUACCACAAACCUCAAGCUUCAUCAUGAGGAUUAUUGUGUGUGUCCUUCUGGCAGCAGCCACCAUGACUGCUGCAAAACCGCAGACUGCCGCCACCGAAGACGCUACAACCCUCUCUGCUGAUCCCUCCCCUGCUACUGAUCCCUCCCUUGCUGCUGAUCCCUCCCCUGCUACCGAUCCCGCUCCAGGUGCCACUGCUACAAAGCCUUCUGCAUCCCCUACCACUGCGCCUGCUGCAACUGGUGCAACUCCUCUUAAUCCAUCUUUCUUCGGUCCUGGCCUCAAUAACCAAGCAGCAAUCCCUGUUAACCCCAUGGUGGUACAACACGCCAACAAAGUGCUUGCCACACACCCACACCUCCGAGUGUUCGUUGACGUCGAUGGCACGGCGCGCUUCACUGACAUAUAUGGCCGCGAGGUUGAGGAGGUCUUAGAUCAGUUCGGCCAUGACUUGGCUGAACUAUUGGACGUUCAGGAACAGCAGGAACUUCUCUUGCAAAACCAGCAACAGCAACAGCAACUUCAGAUGGUUCGCAAGGGUGAAUUUGAUCGCCGUCGCAAACAGCUGGAGUUAAAGCUGCUUCAGGAGUUUCAGAGCAACCCUGCAGCUUUUGACCCGCCCGCAGGAGCUGGUGCUUCUGGCAUUGGUGCUGAAGGCCAAGCUUAAAAAUAGGUCAAGUUAAGGAUUAAGAGUGUAAUGUUUAUUCACCUCCCUGACUCACCCUUACUAUACCCGAAACUAUUCACCGCAAUAUUAACAGUACCUGGCUUUCUUAGUACUGUACACUGAAUAUACCACUUGAUCCUUCUCAUUAUCUGAUCCUGUUUGCCUAUCACCUGAGUUUAUCCAUAUUCUGAUUCUGCCAAUCCUACCACUUGAUCCAACCCAUCACUUGAACUUGACUGCCUAUUACCUAUUCCUGAACCCCUCCCCUGCCCACACCUUUUCUCCUUCCCUCCCUGUGUUUUGUUUUAUCACCAAGUCUUGCACCAACUCUCACCACGACCACAGGCUACACCUGUCCUCGGCACUGCUUGUUCAACGCGAAUAUAUACAGAAUAUAAAAUUAUUUAAAAUUAAUAUUACUUUGA